AUCAUGGCGGCGGCGGGAGAGAGGCGCUGGUCCUCAUAGCCGAGCCGGAGCCGACGGUCACCCCGACCCCACCGAGCCUCCGACCCACCGGGGAACGGGCCCUGUCGGCCCCGGGGGAUGUGAGCGUCUGGACGGGUCUCCCCGGGGGGCCGGAGUCGCCUCCUGCCUCGGCCCGUCGGGCCCGUGAUCACCUGCACCGCGCUCCGGGCCAAGGCCAGGACCGGCCUGCUCCCACGGGACUUUUACAAACCGGACCUCGGCCGCCGGGAAACGCACUCCACUACCCUCCUCCCGCUCCCACCCCCCCUUCCCAGAGAGAGCUGCAGAAGAUGAAGACGUCGAGCUAGGAUUUGGAAAAACUUCCCCCGGAGGACCAGUCCCUCGGUUGAAGGCCCUUAGCGAUUGGCCCACGGGCGUCCACUUUCCGGACCCCACCGUGAAGCUGAGCAGCCCAGCCGCAGACGUCCACUUUUAACGCCCACCUUAGACCCCACCAUGAAGCUGAGCACUCCAGCCACAGACGUCCACUUCUAAUUCUUACCUGGGACCCCACCAUGAAGCUGAGCACCCCAGCCUCAGACGUCUACUUUAAAUCCCUACCUGGCCUCACCGUGAAGGUGAGCGCCCCAGCCACAGACGUCCACUUUUAAUUCUUACCUGGGACCCCACCAUGAAGCAGAGCACCCCAGCCUCAGACGUCUACUUUUAAUUCCUACCAGGACUCACCAUGAAGCUGAGCACUCCAGCCACAGAUGGCCACUUUUAAUUCCCACCCGGGACCCCACCAGGAAGCCGAGCAGCCCAGCCACGGACGUCCACUUGUAAUUACCACCUGGGACCCCACCAUGAAGCUGAGCAGCCCAGCCACAGACGUCCACUUUUAAUUCCUACCUGGACCCCCCCAUGAAGCUGAGCACCCCAGCCUCAGACGUCCACUUUUAAUUCCUACCCUGAAUCCCACCAUAAAGCUGACCACUCCAGCUACAGACGUCCACUUUUAAUUCCUACCUGGACCCCCCCAUGAAGCUGAGCACCCCAGCCUCAGACGUCCACUUUUAAUUCCUACCCUGAAUCCCACCAUAAAGCUGACCACUCCAGCUACAGACGUCCACUUUUAAUUCCUACCUGGACCCCCCCCCCCCCAUGAAGCUGAGCACCCCAGCCUCAGACGUCCACUUUUAAUUCCUACCCUGAAUCCCACCAUAAAGCUGACCACUCCAGCCACAGACGUCCACUUUUAAUUCCUAUCCGGGGCCCGACCCUCGCAGGCUCCAGUAAAACUCGAAGCCAAUGACCGGCCUUUCAGAGCUAUGCAAAGAACCGUCCCCCACUGCAGCGGGGAAACUUUUGUUCUCUCCACCAGUUGGGCUUUCUCUUUUGCACCGCUUUCCCUGGGGGGAAAUCCAGUUCCUCUUCAGGGGGAGACCAGGAACUCCAAGCUGGGAUUGCAUUGUGGAUGCAUUAGGUCGAACCGAGAGAGUUGCAAAGCGAUCGAAACUCUGUUUACAUGAGUCAGCUUGAAAGCUACCUUUUUCUUGUUUUGGGACCAUUCGUUUUGUGACUGACCUCAAUGCUGUGAACCAAACAGAGACUAAAAUACCCUUCUCCUCCCUAAGCCCCCCGAAAGUUUUGGAAGAUCGGCAACCCUCUUCUGGAAAGGGUGGCUCAUCAUUGCUUUAUGGGGCAACAGCCUGGAAAAGUUCUUGGGGACCAGAGGCGACCAAGUUUGCCUGCCCUGCACUUUAUCAAAGGAGCAGGGAAGAAGGAACCAUCCAGGCACGGAGGUCCACCUUGCAAUGUUUUUGUGGAACAUGAAGCCCUUCAGAGACCAGUAGCAUCUGAUUUUGAAUCCCAAGGCCUGAGUGAAGCAGCUCGUUGGAACUCUAAGGAAAAUCUUCUUGCUGGUCCCAGUGAAAAUGACCCUAACCUUUUUGUUGCACUCUAUGAUUUUGUGGCCAGUGGAGACAACACUCUAAGCAUCACUAAAGGUGAAAAGCUCCGCGUCUUGGGCUACAAUCACAACGGGGAAUGGUGCGAAGCCCAGACCAAGAAUGGGCAAGGGUGGGUCCCCAGCAACUACAUCACUCCAGUAAAUAGUUUGGAGAAACAUUCUUGGUACCACGGACCGGUCUCCCGCAACGCGGCCGAGUACCUGCUGAGCAGCGGAAUCAAUGGGAGUUUUCUGGUGCGGGAGAGCGAGAGCAGUCCAGGGCAGAGGUCCAUAUCAUUGAGAUACGAGGGAAGGGUUUACCACUACAGGAUCAACACUGCAUCCGACGGAAAGCUGUACGUCUCCUCGGAGAGUCGCUUUAACACUCUGGCGGAGUUGGUCCACCACCACUCAACGGUAGCAGAUGGAUUGAUUACCACUUUACAUUACCCGGCUCCCAAGAGGAACAAGCCCACCAUCUACGGAGUGUCUCCCAACUACGAUAAGUGGGAAAUUGAGCGGACAGAUAUCACCAUGAAGCACAAGUUAGGAGGCGGGCAGUAUGGUGAAGUGUACGAAGGCGUAUGGAAGAAAUAUAGCCUGACGGUGGCUGUAAAAACCUUAAAGGAGGACACUAUGGAGGUGGAAGAGUUCCUGAAAGAAGCUGCAGUAAUGAAAGAGAUCAAACAUCCUAACUUGGUACAAUUACUAGGGGUCUGUACCCGGGAGCCCCCGUUCUAUAUAAUCACCGAGUUCAUGACCUAUGGGAACCUGUUGGAUUACCUGCGAGAGUGUAACCGGCAGGAGGUGAACGCUGUGGUGCUACUGUACAUGGCCACUCAGAUCUCAUCAGCUAUGGAGUAUCUGGAGAAGAAAAACUUCAUCCACAGGGAUCUGGCUGCCCGAAACUGCCUUGUAGGGGAAAACCACUUGGUGAAGGUAGCGGAUUUUGGUUUGAGCAGAUUAAUGACGGGGGACACCUACACCGCCCACGCUGGGGCCAAGUUCCCGAUCAAAUGGACGGCACCGGAAAGCCUGGCCUAUAAUAAAUUUUCCAUUAAGUCGGAUGUGUGGGCAUUUGGUGUUUUGCUGUGGGAAAUCGCCACUUAUGGCAUGUCCCCUUAUCCUGGGAUUGAUCUGUCACAAGUGUACGAGCUGUUGGAAAAAGACUAUCGGAUGGAGCGUCCUGAAGGCUGCCCGGAAAAGGUCUAUGAACUCAUGAGAGCAUGCUGGCAGUGGAGUCUUUCCGACCGACCCUCCUUUGCUGAAAUCCACCAGGCUUUUGAAACGAUGUUCCAGGAGUCCAGUAUAUCAGAUGAGGUGGAGAAGGAGCUGGGAAAGAAAGGAGUACGAGGUGUGGUUAGUAACUUGCUGCAGGCUCCGGAACUGCCAACCAAAACCAGGACGUCCAGGAGAACAGCUGAAAACCGAGAUGCGAACGAAACACCUGAAACUCCUAAUCCCAGAGGCCCAGGAGAAUGUGAUCCGUUGGACCACGAACCUCCCGUGUCUCCGCUGCUCCCCCGGAAAGAAAGAACACCCCAAGACAGUGGGUUGAAUGAAGACGAGCGCCUCCUUCCGAAAGAUAAGAAGACCAACCUGUUCAGCGCCCUAAUCAAGAAGAAGAAGAAAACGGCCCCCACGCCGCCGAAACGCAGCAGUUCCUUCCGGGAGAUGGACGGCCCCGCAGACCGCAAGGCCGGAGGGGAGGAAGAGACCCGAGACCUCAGCAACGGGGCCUGCACCGGCCCUCCCUCGGAUGCGGCCGACCCGAAUAAGUUCCAGAACCCGAGCAACGGGGCGGCCCUCCCCAACGGGGGCGUGUCGGCUAAUUCGGGCUUCCGAUCUCCUCACUUGUGGAAGAAGUGCAGCACGCUCACCAACAGCCGGUUGGCGGCCAACGACGAAGAGACUAACUCCAACUCGAGCAAACGCUUCUUGAGAUCCUGUUCAGCGUCCUGCGUGCCCCACGGGGCCAAGGACACCGAGUGGCGGUCCGUCACCCUGCCCCGGGAUCUGUCCACCGGGCGACAGUUCGACUCCUCCACGUUCGCGGGCCACAAAAGCGAAAAGCCGGCCUUGCCUCGGAAGCGGGCGAGCGAGACCAAGACCGAAGUAACCGCCCGGGGCACGGUGACCCCCCCGCCCCGGCUGCUGAAGAAGAACGAAGAAGCGGCCGACGACGUCUUCAGGGACGCCGAGUCCAGCCCCGGCUCCAGUCCUCCCAACCUGACGCCCAAGCUCACCCGUAGGCAGAUCGCGAUGGCGCCUUCCUCCGGCCCGACCCACAAGGAUGAGCCUGGAAAGGCCCCUGCGGCCUUGGGGACCCCCGGGACCGCUGACCUCCUGGCGCCGGUCAGCAAGAACUCGUCCGGCGCCUUCGUGGGGAACAGCAAGGCCUCCGCCGAGGAGUCCAGAGUGAGGAGGCCCAAGCACGCUUCGGAGUCGGCGGGAAAGGACAAGGGAAAAUUAUCGAAGCUCAAGCCCGCCCCGCCCCCGCCACCGCCACCAUCCUCUGGGGGCAAGUCCGGGAAGCACUGCCAUAACCUCAGCCACGAAACGGCAGGGGACCCGGGGCCCGGGACCAAAUCCAAACAGCCGUCUCAGCCGGCCGAGCCGGCGAACAACGAAGCCGCCAAGCCAAACCAGGUAGGGGAGGGGGCCAAAAAGCCCGUCCUCCCAUCGGCCCCCAAGCUGCAGUCGUCGGCUAAGCUGUUGCUCUCUUCCUCGACGACUCCGGCCCCCUCGCCCUCCACCGUGCCAUCUGCUUCCUCCACUCUAGGAGGGGACCAGCAGUCUUCCACCGCCUUCAUACCUCUCAUAUCCACCCGCGUGUCUCUGCGGAAAACCCGCCAGCCGCCAGAGAGGAUUGCCAGCGGCACCAUCACCAAGGGGGUGGUUUUGGAAAGCACCGACGCCCUGUGCCUGGCCAUCUCCAGAAACUCCGAGCAAAUGGCCAGCCACAGCGCGGUGUUGGAAGCGGGCAAGAACCUCUAUACGUUCUGCGUGAACUACGUGGACUCCAUCCAGCAGAUGAGAAACAAAUUCGCCUUCCGAGAGGCCAUCAACAAAUUGGAAAAUAACCUCCGGGAGCUGCAGAUCUGCCCCGCCACCGCUGGCGGCGGCCCCGCGGCCACCCAAGACUUUAGCAAACUCCUCAGCUCGGUCAAAGAAAUCAGUGACAUUGUUCAGAGGUAGCAAAAGCCAGCGGCGGGCCGGUCCAGGUGGACUGCAGAGACGUAUCCGUCAACGUUGAGGGGAAACUGACAGCAGACCAGCGGGACCGGGGCCUCUGGCCCGGGGAAAUGGACCCGAGGCGUGCAGACUGUGCCACUGGGAAACACAAGCCCUAUUACUACCUAGACCAUGGACGAGCAAGUGAGAUGCACUUUCCUCCCUUUUGAACCCAGGCUCCCCGAGCCCUCUCCAUUCGGAGAGUUCCCGCGUCUGGGGCCUCCAGUCAAAAGGCUGAGGGCCUUAUUGUUCAUGUGGCUUUAGGACCGAGCUUUAAGUUGGAGCGGGAAAGGCAGAAACGGACUCGAGUUUUCCCGUUCCCCUCCCAGAGGAAGUCCGACGGUUGUCUUUCUCCCCCCUCCGGGGCCCUGCGCGUCGUUGAAAUGCCCGAGUUCAUCCCGUGAGGCCUCGUGCACAUUCACCUCUCCCUUGUCCCACGAAGGGAACCAGUGGGUUUGUUUUUCUUGUGACUCAUAAGGUUAAAAAACACUGCAGGAGAGGAGCUUGGAGAUACCACCUGCCAAGAUCACACUCUUCCCACUGGGAACUGUGUGCCAAGGACUGAGGCCUUUCAACUGGCUUCUCCCAGAGAGGCGAACUCUUGGCUCGUUGGAAUAAUGUUAUAAGUUGUGAUCCGGACGGUCAGCGGUCGGAUUCCGACUGAGGGAGGGAUGGGCCGAGAAGGAUGCAAGGUGAUUUCCACCCCCCACCUUUGGCCAACGGCUCUUCCGCAGGCGUCCCGAGGGAAGGAGUGGCCAUUCCCAGUAAAGUACGGGGCCACUCCAAAUGGGGCGAGGAGUCCCCUGAGGUGGCCAAACCUUCCCCCUUCUCCCUUCCAAGAGAAAGCCCCGGGAGGGUGAGGUCAGAGGGCUGUCGGAUGGGCUGACGGGAUGCCUUGCGCCUCUUGACCCUCCCCUUUCCGCAGAGUUAACGCUCUCUUUUCCAAACACCACGUGACAGUCUGAGAAGCGAGUCGGUGGAGGUCUGACUUGUUUCAGGUUGGUUUUCACGCACGUGAAAAGAGCGAGCGGUCUGUGGCGAGCCAUUUUCCGGUGUGACGCUUAGGGGGACGUAUCCAUUUGGCCUCCUUGAAGGAUCUGCCGACUCACGGGGCAGCAGCCUCUGGGGUAGAGGGAAGCAGUCGGCGGGGAUCCCCUAUAUUGCACAGAAGAGGGACAUUGACCGCCCCGAGACCCCUACCACCCUCAGAGUUUGGAAAAUGUCUUUUUUUAAUUGCAGUGAACCACACUUAUCAGUCUAAUGUUUCUCUUGGGGUUUUGUCAGGGAUUGUUUCAAAAAUAAACCCAAUUAACACUCCCCCCUCCCCGCCUUCUCCCCCCACUGCUCCCUGAAAGUAUUUCAAAGAGCAGGCUGCCGUCCUUCGUCUUGGGCAUUCCUCCUCCGGGACUGCCCGAGAACAUAAGCGAGUACUGAGGCUGUGACUCACAGGGCAGCCACGCGCAGUUUUCUCUGACCUUUCCUUGCACUCCAGCCGCCAGCCCGGGGAAAAGGGCUGAGAGCAAUAGGCUGGGGAUUCACCGAGGCUCGGCACAUUACUCAAAAAACAGCGGGCCUGACUCUGAACGGUGCCAUUUAACCCCUCACCGGUUCUGAGUCCAGAAGAAAAUCGGCCUUCCCCUCCCCUUUCCUUCUAACCCCUGUGACCCUGUGGCGUUUCCUGCAUUAUACGAUUUUUACGCUAAUCACCUUAACGUGUAUUUUACUUUUCUGUUAGAAAUGGCUUUAAAAUGGUUUCCUCUCAAUAUUCCUUUUAUAUUUUCACAUCACCUCUUUGCCCUCACAGACUGCCGUGACUUACACUCUGAAGAUGUAAAAACACCACCAGCUGCCUUUCAGACAAGCAAAACAAAUCUCACACUCACAGCGCACACACACACACACACACAUAUCCACACACAACUGUGGACUCUCUAAUGAGGUACUGUUUCUUUCUUUUGUCGAUAACAUAAUGUGCCACUAUAUUAAGCAUUUGUAUCUUGGUAUUACACUUUUAUAGACGUGUCCUUUUAUAAAUGUGUAAAUAGUUUUCCCCUGUUGUCCUUUCUGUAAUACCUAUGGUGCAGUUUUAUCUUUUUUUUUUUGAGGG